AUGAACUCGAAGCAAAGCCAAUGUGUUGCGUUCGUCUCUUUGCUCAUGUUGCUUCUCGAUGGCGGCUUUGCUCUCACGGAUAGUGCAAGGGCUUCCUUGACGCAGGCAUUUCGAGGAGCCGAUCCUGAGCAACGUCGCGAGAGACUCAGAAACCUGCGACUUGUUGAUGUGGUCACUUCACCAGCGUCUACGUCAACCAACACUGUUAAGGAUCAAUCAAUCGAAGCGAAUUUGGCUUCUUUCUAUGGAGGUGGUCCAAUCCUUGAGCAGAAUCGCAUCGAAGGCGUCAUUGAUUACUUGUACGAAGGUGAUAUCAAUCUUACAGAGGAGCAGCUUGCUGCCCUCGAAUCAAAACUGGAUAAUGGCACAAUUCGUCAAAAGCGACAAGCUUCCAAAGUUUAUCCCAUAUGGGCAAACAAAAAAGUCUUCUACUACUUCGAUGCA